UAGAGCACCUUUUUUGAAGCGAAAUAUAUCAGUCCGCAAGUCUUCGCAUGCAAGUGUACGCUCGUCGCACAGCGUUAUGACGGUAUCAAUACUCCUGCUGUCCUUACUUUGUAAUUUUGGUUUAUCAUUGGCUAUCAGAGACUAUGGUAUUGUCUAUCCAACCUUGUUUAGCGCACGAGGAUCUGGCGAAGAUAAAGUUUUGAGAAUAAACGAGCAUAUGACUCUCAAUCUGAAAAAGAGCGAAGUAUUCUCUGACGACUUCAUGUUCAUAUCUGAAGAAAAUGGUGAACGAAUACAUCUCCCUAUGCGGAAAGACAUUUACGAGAAAGAUUUGUAUCAUGACGCGGAACUGAUGGCUUCACUUAUGGUUCGAACAGAUGACGGUGUCAGCGUGGAAGGCUUACUCAAUGACACUAUGCGCAUAAAGCCUCUGUUGGGAAUGGCGCGGUCUUCAGAUGGUCGCAUUCCUCAUAAAUUGUAUGAAACGCAACCCCCUGACCCGCAUACGCCUCCGCACCGUAGAGACUACC